GGGGCAGUCCCGGGACCGGACCUUCUCCCGCGUCCGCUGCAGGGCAUGGGCGCCGCGGCUCCGCGCUGUGCUGCCGCGCCCCGGCCCCAUGAGCCCUCGCCGGAGCGAGGUGCCGGCGGCCCGGCCUCGGGAGGGAGGAUGUGGUGAGAGGAUGGGGCUGUGUCCCGCGGGGGCUCGCCAUGGCCAGGGAGGACUCGGUGAAGUGCCUGCGCUGCCUGCUCUACGCCCUCAACCUGCUCUUCUGGGUGAGUUUCAGAGGAAUUCUGUGACCCGAGAUGAACUCCAAAAGCAAUCUACUCUGCCCAGGCCUUACCUGGAGUCUUUUUUCUGCAUUCAGUGGCCAGAUCCUAACUGGAUAAAGGAUCUUUUGAGUGUGUUGUGGUAUGACAAGUCACAGUUGAUGUCCAUCAGCGUAUUAGGUGUUUCUGCUUGGAUGAGAGACUACCUGAAUAAUGUUCUCACUUUAACUGCAGAAACAAGGGUGGAGGAAGCUGUCAUUUUGACUUACUUUCCUGUGGUCCACCCGGUUAUGAUUGCAGUCUGCUGUUUCCUCAUCAUAGUUGGAAUGCUGGGGUACUGUGGAACAGUGAAAAGAAAUCUGUUGCUCCUUGUCUGGUACUUUGGAAGCUUACUUGUAAUAUUCUGUGUUGAACUGGCCUGUGGUGUUUGGACCUAUGAGCAGGAAAUAACGGUUCCAGUGCAGUGGUCUGAUAUGAUCACGCUGAAAGCCAGGAUGACCAAUUAUGGCCUACCUAGGUACCAGUGGCUGACCCAUGCUUGGAAUUUCUUCCAGAGGGAGUUUAAAUGUUGUGGCGUCGUGUACUUCACAGACUGGCUGGAAAUGACAGAGUUGGACUGGCCACCUGACUCCUGUUGUGUCAGAGAGUUCCCAGGAUGCUCUAAGCAGGCGCAUCAUGAGGAUCUCAGUGACCUUUAUCAGGAGGGAUGUGGUAAAAAAAUGUACACUUUUUUGAGGGGGACGAAGCAAUUGCAAGUGCUGAGAUUUCUAGGCAUCUCUAUUGGAGUUACGCAGAUCCUGGCUAUGAUCCUCACCAUUACUUUGCUGUGGGCUCUGUACUAUGACAGAAGGGAUCCUAGGACAGAUCAGAUCAUGGCCCUGAAAAGUGAUACCUCGCAGGAGCUACUGAAACCAAGCCUGACCAGGAUCUUUGAACAUACAUCCAUGGCAAACAGCUUUAAUGCACACUUUGAAAUGGAAGAGCUAGAGGUGAUGCAAUGAGUCUGAGAAGUCACGGAGGGUUUUAAUUGUUUUGUUGUGUUUUUAUUCUGUUCCAUCAAGUGUGCCAAAUAUACCGGUCAUCUUAUGUGUCAAAAACCAGCUAAUGAGUGGAAGUGAAGGAGACAAGAAAGAAAAGCCUGUUGUCAGCUUCUUAGCCAUGUCCUCAACCAUGAAACAGAGUUGAUUUUGUGUGCUUGUUUUUUAAAAGGCACUCAUUGAGUUGGGCACAAUAAUAUUUUACUUAUUGUAAAAUAAGUACUGAUUCAUUCACAAGUAGACAGAACCUCUAAGGAAACAUCAGGGGAAAGGAAGAGAAAUACUCAUCUUGUGAAGAAACAACGUGCUUUGGACAGACAAAAUGUGACUUCGGUUGAAAUGGACUUUUAAAUUUUAAUAAGCCAUUUGGAAAAUGUCUUAAUCAGGGAUCUGUGUAUGUAUAAUUGUGUGUUUUCGUGUGUGCAUGAAAAGCAGAACUAGAAUUCAAGUUAAUACUUGGAUUAAAAAAUUUGCAAGAUUUGUAAAAAGGACGAGAUUUUCUUUUUUCUAACAAAACCUUUAUCUUAGCUUUUGUUGUUAAAGAUGUUCAAAAAUUUCUAUUUUUAUCUAACAUAACUGUUUAUUUUUUAAUUUUAAAUGUAUUACACAGGGAUUCAAAACUAAACUAUAACUCUGGACAAUAGACUUUAAUUUUCUGGAGAAUUCGUCCUUGAAACAGUUUGUUCUGCGGACUGUUUUUUAGUGAAAAGGAAGAAAACCUUAAACGUUCUUUCCAAAAUGGGAAUCAAUAUAGGAGUAGCACAUUUUUAGAGAUAAAUCUUUUCUCCUGUCUGUGAUUCCCCUGAAGCUAGAAACAAAAGACUGAAAGAAAAAUGCUUACAGUUCUGGAUGCUAUUGCAAUAAUUCUAAAAGUAUAUGAGAAUUUAUACUUUGGCGACUUCUUCAUUAAGAGCUCUCUGGUGGCUUAAAUGCCAACUGGAAAUAGCAUUAAAAUAUAUUUAUUGAGGUGGGAAAAGUGCAUUUUACUGUAUUUUUAUGAACAAUGUUUAUUUCAUAAGAUUAUUUUUACAAUUGGCCACACUCCUGAAAUAUAUAUUUGUUCCACUGAGUAUAGUAGUUUGUGGCAAAUGGAGUUUUUACAUAAUAUUACGUUAAAAAAAAAUCUUUCAUUUGUUUUGGAAUUUGUAAAAGAAAAAAAAGUAAAGUGUGAUUUGGUAGACAAUAAAAUUACUUUUCUCUUAAAU